UCAAAAAAAAAAAAAAAAAAAAAAAAGAAGCCAAGAAGGUAUCAUAUCUCUGUCUCCUCCGCUUUCAAAGCACUCAAAAUCCCAGUCUGAACACUCAGUUCAAUACUUACCAAACCCCAUAGAUCAUUUCUUCGCCUUCGCCGCAUUCCAAUACUCUCCAUUAAAAUAUUCAUUUCUAUUUAUUUACUCCAUUAAAGUUUUAAUUUUUAUUUGGAAAAUCAGAUAAAGAUAAUCACUUCAUUUCUGUACUUUCUACUUUAAUGGAAAAGCUAAGAAGAUCCUUCAAAGCUCUUUCUCCGGAUCACCCUCCCAGACAGGAAGACGAGCGCAGAGUUCUGUUGAACCAGAUCGAAGCUCAGGAAGAUCCCAUUUCGGCCAUGGCCAUGGCUACGCCGCUCUCGUCUUCUUCCACGCCGUCGAGGUCUUCUCCUUCUCCUUCUCCCUCCCCGGCCGCCGUCGAUUCCAGCGACUUCGCCGGUAAGAUCAAUGGCAGAGAUGCGGCGGUUAAAGAAACCGAGCUGCUUCCAUCGUCUUCCGCGUUUGGGAAAAGCGGCGCUGGAAAUGCACAGGAGAUAGUGAACAAAGUCUGGAGAGAUUCUAGCUACGAUUUCUCCAACGAUACGGCGGCGAGAGCUAAGACCGGUAACAGUAAUAAAGGUGGUUUCGACUUUAUAACUGAGUCGCCGCUGUCGAGGGUGGCGGAGAGUCCCAAUUUGGGUCAGAUUUCGCCCAAGGAAGUCAGGGUGUCGUUCAAUGAACACUUGAACGAGCCGGUUCGCCGCCGGUCCAAUGCCGCUGCGGCGGCGGCGGAGGAGGAGGUGGUCGUGUGCAGCUCCACCUCUUCGUUCCGGCGAAAGUCCGGUCUUUUGUCGACGAGGAUGAAGUCGAGGCUAUUGGACCCGCGCGAGGAGCAAAAUGACCAAAGGUCUCAGAAGGUAACAAUGAAAUCUGGGAUUUUAGGUAAAGCUAGUGAAAUUGAUGAAGAUGACCCUUUCUUGGACGAGGAUUUCCCAGACGAGUAUAAGAAGAUUAAGUUUAGCCCACUUUCUAUUCUGCAGUUAUUGAGUUUGGUUUUGAUAAUUGCUCUCUUGAUUUGUACUCUCACAAUUGGUUUGUUAAGGAGAAAGGCUGUUUUUGAGCUGGAGUUAUGGAAAUGGGAGUUAAUGGUUUUGGUCCUAAUUUGUGGAAGAAUGGUGUCUGGGUGGGGGAUAAGGCUAGUUGUGUUCUUCAUUGAGAGAAAUUUCCUAUUGCGAAAACGGGUUUUAUACUUCGUCUAUGGAUUGAGAAAUUCAGUGCAGAAUUGUAUCUGGUUGAGCUUAGUCUUGAUUGCUUGGCAGUGUAUAUUCGAUAAGAGAGUCGAGAGGGCAACGAAUGGGAAAGUAUUACCUUAUGUGACUCGAAUUUGGGUGUGUCUCUUAGUAGGAACAUUCAUAUGGCUCCUAAAGACACUACUUGUUAAGGUACUCGCAAUGUCGUUCCACGUUACAGCCUUUUUCGAUCGAAUUCAGGAGUCGUUGUUCAACCAAUACGUGAUCGAGACUCUAUCUGGCCCUCCCUUGAUCGAGAUUCAGCUCGAGCAAGAAGAGGAGGAGAAGAUGAUGGCCGAGGUUCAAAAGCUUCAGAGUGCCGGGGCUACAUUGCCCCCUGACCUUAAGGCAACCGUGUUCCCGAAGAGUGGAAGGCUUAUUGGAACCCCCCGAAAGAGUCCAACUUCUGCUACUGCAAGGAGCUCCACUCCCGCCUUUUCGAGGGUCAUGUCUAAGAGGGAAAAGGACAAGGACGAGGAAGGAGGGAUCAGUAUUGACCAUUUGCAUAGGCUCAAUCAAAAGAACAUAUCUGCUUGGAAUAUGAAGAGGCUGAUGAAUAUUGUUCGAAAGGGCGUGCUGUCGACUCUGGACGAGCAGCUUCAAGAGUCUACGGGUGAAGAUGAGUCUGCAGUUCAAAUCACAAGUGAGAAACAAGCAAAAAUUGCAGCCAAAAAGAUUUUCAACAAUGUUGCUAAGUCUGGCUCCAAGUUCAUUUAUAUAGAGGAUUUGAUGCGCUUUAUGAGGGAGGAUGAAGCAUCAAAAACCAUGCAUCUUUUUGAAGGAGGAACCGAGGCCAAAGGAAUUAGCAAGCGGGUUCUAAAAAAUUGGGUGGUCAAUGCAUUUAGAGAACGGAGAGCUCUCGCUUUGUCUCUGAAUGACACUAAAACUGCAGUAAACAAACUACAUCAGAUGUUGAAUGUCCUUGUAGCUAUACUCAUAGUGAUCAUAUGGCUUCUAAUACUUCGAGUCGCAACAACCCAUUUUUUCGUCUUUAUAAGCUCUCAGGUCCUACUAGUGGUGUUCAUGUUUGGAAACACUGCUAAGACGACAUUCGAGGCAAUUAUCUUCUUGUUUGUAAUGCAUCCGUAUGAUGUUGGUGACCGUGUUGAGAUCGAUGGAGUUCAGAUGAUAGUGGAAGAGAUGAAUAUUCUGACUACGGUUUUUCUGAGAUUUGACAAUCAAAAAAUCACAUAUCCAAAUAGCGUCUUGUCUACAAAACCUAUAAGCAAUUACUACCGAAGUCCAGACAUGGGAGAUGCAAUCGAUUUUGUCAUUCACAUCUCGACUCCCAUGGAAAAGAUUGCAACAAUGAAAGAGAAAAUAAUAAGGUACAUUGAGAACAAAAGUGAACAUUGGUAUCCGGCUCCGAUGAUAGUGAUGAGAGACGUGGAGGACUUGAACAGGAUAAAAUGGUCGAUUUGGCUAUCGCACACGAUGAACUUCCAGGACAUGGGGGAGAGGUGGAUGAGGAGAGCUCAACUGUUGGAAGAGAUGAUAAGAAUAUUUAGGGAGCUUGAUAUCGAGUAUCGCAUGUUGCCUAUGGACGUGAAUGUUCGAAACUUGCCUCACUUCACUUCAACCAGACUUCCCUCUAACUGGACUGCUUGCUCCACAUAAACAUCAUUACUCAACUUUUGACUUAUCAAUCCACAAUCAUGCAGUGACUGAUUGUAUAUGUACAUAGUAUUAUUAGUUUUGUUUUUACUCAGCUGUGGUUAUUGUUGCUAUCCUUGUAGCUGUUUAAUGUUGUUGUUUACCAUUCAUGCCA